UAUACAUAUAUUUUCAAAUAUAUUUUAAACAAAGUUGAAGCUUUAACAAAAAUAUAUAUCCUCAUAAAUAAAAUGGCAAACUUCAUGUGCUUCGUGAUCCUUUCGUUGGCUUUGUGCGCCGGUGUUGCUGUUGCGCGGCCAGGAUAUGCUUUGGAUUAUUAUGACCAUCCAAAAUAUGCCUUUAACUAUGGCGUGGCUGAUCACACCACAGGGGAUGUGAAGUCGCAGCACGAGACCCGUGAUGGUGAUGUUGUCAAGGGUCAAUACUCUCUGGUAGAGCCCGAUGGUUCUAUUCGGACGGUGGACUACACGGCGGAUCCCAUUCAUGGCUUCAAUGCUGUGGUGACCAAGUCGGGACCCACUGUCCAUGCCCAGGCGGUGGUGGCCAAGCCCAUUGUGGCUCACAAGCCAGUUCUGGCCCACUAUGAACCACAUGUGGUGAAGCAUGUGGCACCAGUGGCAGCUCCUCUGGUGGUGGCAUCCCCGGCGCCCUACGUGGCCAAGCACUAUGCACCGGCGGCAGCUGCUCCCAUCCACUACGACUACGAUGAUGGUUACUACAACCAGGGCCAGUAUGAGUACAUCCCCCAGUACGAUGGACACUAUGGUCAUGACUACGGUCACGAUUCGGGACACUAUGGACACUAUGCGAGUCCCUAUGCGGGUCACUACUAGGCCGGAGCAGGAGGAGGAGGACCAAUAUCAUCGUAGUUUUUGUAAGCAAAUUUAGUUUGUAUGGAUUCAAAGGAUUCUC